UUACCGCAAAAUUUGUUCAAGUUGGUCCCAAAUCUCUCUGUUUUUGAGCUCUCAAUCUGGAGCUCAAAACCCACAAAAAAUGGCGAGAAUAAUGGCUUGCAGUCAACUGAUGCCAUCUAUGCUCCUUCCACUGAAGCAGCGCGCAAGUCCUUACCAGCAGCUCAUGGUGGGAAUUGUCAAUGGCGGCUUCGGAAAAGGACGGCCAUUUUCUUCUUCUUCUUCAUCUUCGAGGAUAAGCAUGAGCCUCAGAGCCGGCAUUGUUGGCCUCCCUAAUGUCGGAAAAUCCACUCUCUUCAAUGCCGUCGUGGAGAAUGGGAAGGCUCAAGCUGCCAAUUUUCCAUUUUGUACAAUUGAGCCAAAUGUGGGAAUUGUUGCGGUUCCGGAUCCACGUCUGAAUGUGCUUUCGGAUCUAAGCAAAUCUCAGAGAGCAGUUCCAGCUUCUAUAGAAUUUGUGGAUAUUGCUGGGCUUGUGAAGGGUGCUAGUCAAGGAGAGGGCUUAGGCAAUAAAUUUUUAUCACAUAUUCGUGAAGUGGACUCGAUACUUCAGGUUGUUCGAUGCUUUGAAGAUAAUGAUGUCAUUCAUGUUAAUGGAAAAGUUGAUCCUAAGUCUGACAUUGAUGUUAUCAACUUAGAGCUUGUUUUCUCAGAUCUCGACCAGAUUGAGAAAAGAAUGGAAAAACUCAAGAAAAGCAAGGGAAAGGACUCACAAUCAAAAGUUAAGGAGGAUGCAGAAAGAUCUGCCUUGGAGAGAAUUCAGCAAGCGCUUAUGGAUGGCAAACCAGCACGAUCAGUUACUUUAACAGAUUUUGAAAAAGAGGCUGUAAAGCAUCUUUGCUUGCUCACAAUGAAACCUGUUAUAUAUGUAGCUAAUGUAGCGGAAUCUGAUGUGUCUGAUCCUGGAACUAAUCCUUAUGUCAGAGAAGUCAUGAAUCUCGCAACAGAGUUGCGAUCUGGACUAGUCACUGUUUCCGCACAGGUUGAGUCUGAGCUAACAGAGCUUCCUCCUGAGGAAAGAACAGAAUAUUUGAAAUCUCUAGGUGUUGAUGAAAGUGGCCUUGGAAACCUUAUCAGAGCUACAUAUAGCCUUUUAGGGCUUCGAACUUACUUCACUUCUGGCGAGAAGGAAACAAAAGCAUGGACCAUUCUUGCAGGGAUGACUGCACCUCAAGCAGCUGGAGUCAUCCACUCCGACUUUGAGAAAGGUUUCAUUCGAGCUGAGACGGUGUCAUAUGAUGAUUUCAUUGCGGCUGGGUCACUUGCUGCAGCAAGAGAGAAAGGACUUUUGAGAUCCGAGGGUAAAGAUUAUGUCGUACAAGAAGGAGAUGUGAUGUUGUUCCGGUUCAAUGUCUGACUGUUGAAGAGAUGGAAAUUGGAAGGCUCAAUUAUUUUUUGCAGAAUUGAUUUAUAAGAUUUGAAAUAUAGGUCAUUUUAAUGAUGGUCUUGGAGAUUUUGCAUGAUCUGAGAACUUCUCUGACGGAAUCCGAGUACCGGGUUUGUCACAUGUUCAAAUACUGUUGUUACAUGCAAAGAAUGUUACAAGUUUUGCUUGUAGGAUGUAAAGUGAGCUCAUGUGAUUGAUAAAAUUGUUGUUACAUCACUUUUAAAAAACACACAUGAAGAAAAAGGAGAUUAGAAUAAAGGCUUUAUAAAAUGAUGCAAGUUAAAUGUUAU